UAGAGGUCGUUGAACUAUCUCCUCUCAACUUUAUAUAAAGUGAAGGGUUAUCACAUGAUCUUUGAUUACACCUACAAACACAGCCCUUAAUUGCCGUCUUCAUGAUGUCAAGGGUAUUAGCAGAAGAAAAAGGAUCUGCAGAUGGAAGAGACGACGGUUAUACUGAAGAUGGAAGUGUUGAUCUCAAAGGCAGGCCUGUCUUGAGAUCAAACACCGGUAGAUGGAAAGCUUGUUCCUUCAUUGUUGGAUAUGAAGUGUUUGAGAGGAUGGCGUAUUACGGAAUAGCGUCGAACCUAGUGUUGUAUCUGACGAGGGAGCUCCGUGAAGGAACGGUAAAAUCAUCAAACAACGUUACCAACUGGGUUGGAACUGUGUGGAUGACACCUAUUUUAGGCGCUUACAUUGCCGAUGCUCAUCUCGGUCGCUACUGGACUUUUGUUAUUUCAUCUGCCAUUUAUCUCGCUGGAAUGGCUCUCUUAACCCUAGCAGUUUCGGUGCCUGCCUUGAGGCCUCCAUCGUGCGGUCAUGGGCACAAAGGAGUGAACUGCAACAGAAGAGCCUCGGCUUUCCAAGAAGGAAUAUUCUACUGUGCACUAUAUAUCAUCGCAAUAGGAACCGGUGGCACCAAGCCUAACAUAUCCACCAUGGGUGCGGACCAGUUCGACAACUUCGAGACGAAGGAAAGGGUUCAGAAGCUAUCCUUCUUCAACUGGUGGAUGUUUAGCAUUUUCUUUGGCACCCUCUUCUCCAACACUUUCUUGAUCUACAUACAAGACAAUGUGGGGUGGAGUCUUGGUUAUGGCCUUCCAACAGUUGGUCUCUUGGUCUCAGUCUUGGUGUUCUUGGUGGGAACUCCAUUUUAUAGACACAAAUUGCCUUCGGGUAGUCCUUUUAGUAGGAUUUUCCAAGUGCUUGUUGCUGCUAUUAGGAAACGGAAUGUGCCGGUUCCGACCAACCCGAAAGAGCUACAUGAGCUUAGCUUGGAGGAAUACUCAAAAUCUAAGAAAUUCAGAAUCGAUCAUACCCCUUCGUUAAGAUUCCUAGACAAAGCUGCAGUAAAGAGCGGACCAACCUCGGCAUGGAUGCUUUGUCCAGUGACUCAAGUCGAAGAAACCAAGCAGAUAGUAAAAAUGAUCCCCAUCUUGGUGGGAACAUUCAUACCAAGCACCAUAAUAGCGCAAGGCGGAACACUGUUUGUCAAACAAGGAACCACCCUUGAUCGUAGUAUGGGUCCACAUUUCGAUAUCCCACCAGCUUGUCUCUCUGCAUUUGUUACAAUCUUCAUGUUGAUCUCCAUUCCUAUAUAUGACCGCUGCUUCGUCCCGAUAAUGAGGCGUUACACCAAAAACCCCAGAGGGAUCACAUUGCUUCAAAGAAUGGGAAUCGGCUUUAUGUUGCAAAUCAUCAUUAUGAUAAUUGCUUGUUUUGCCGAAAGUAAGAGACUCAGCGUUGCUCGAGAUCAUCAGAAACUCGGUAUAAAUGACACGGUUCCUCUCAGUAUUUUCAUACUGCUGCCCCAGUUUGCCUUGGCAGGGGUGUAUGAUGCAUUUGCAGAAGUUGCAAAGCUAGAAUUCUUCUACGAUCAAGCACCAGAGGGAAUGAAAAGCCUUGGAACCUCGUAUUACAGUAGCAGCAUUGGGAUUGGCCAUUUCAUCAGUACUUUUGUUUUGACGACAGUUUCGGAUAUGACCAAGAGACAUGGACAUAGAGGGUGGAUCUUGAACAACCUCAACAUCUCACGCCUAGACUAUUAUUUCGCUUUCUUGGCUGUCCUAGGCUUCUUAAACUUCAUCUUCUUCUUUGUUGUGGCCAGACUUUAUGUUUAUAACGCGGAUGCAAAACGAUCCGAAAGUGAUUUGAACGAACCCAUUGAUGAUUCACCGAAUAAAGUUUCAAACAUGGUCGAUGCCUUGAAAGCCGGCACAAGUUGAUAGUAUCCCAUGUAA